AUGGGGUCUCGGGUUCUGGUGGAGCGUGGGACACGGGUGGGAGAGGAGAGGGGGUUCUGGGCUCAGGCACGGAGGGAGAGGAGGGGGAUUCUAGGCUCGGGCACCAGAGGGAGAAGAGGGGGGAGAGAAGGGGGUCCCGGGCUUGGCCUUGGGGAGAGGAGGGUAUCCCAGGCUCCGGCACGGGGUGGAGAGGAGGGGGUCUCAGGCACGGGGGUAAUGGAGGGGUCCCGGUCUCGGGCGGAGCCUGUGACAUGGGGGAGGAGAAAGGGGAUCCCGGGCUCCAAUGGAGACUUGGACACGGGAGGGAGAGGAGGGGGUCCCGGGCUCGUGUAUAGGUGGGGCGAGAGGAGGUUGCCGGGCUCGGGAACGGGGGGAGAGAAGGGGUCCCGAGCUCGGGCUCAGGCUCGGGAGAGGGGAAGGGGGUCUCGGGUUAAGUCGGAGCUUGGGAAACAGUGGGGAUGGGAAGGGGGUCCAGGGCUCGGGCGGAGUCUGAGAGCCUGGGACACGGGGGGAUGGGAGGGGAUACUGGGAUCGUGCGGAGCCUGGGACACGAGGGGAGGAGGGAGAGGAGGGUCUCGGGCUUGGGCGGAGCCUGGGACUCGGGGAGGGAAGGGGGUUCCCGGGGUCGGGCGGAGCCUCUACACCUGGGACACAGGGGGAUAG